AGGAAAAAAAAAAAAAGAUCUUGCGGCGUGACACCGGAAAUGUAGUAGAAGAAGAACGUCCGCAGCACACAAGCUAAUCUACCCUAGCCUAACUGUCCAGUCCUUGUUCAGGGGGAAAUAACGGCCUCGGAGGCAAAUAAAAUAAGAAGGGAAGAAAGAUGCCGGCGGUUUCUAAAGGAGACGGGAUGCGCGGCCUCGCCGUUUUCAUCUCGGACAUCCGGAACUGUAAAAGUAAGGAGGCAGAGAUUAAAAGAAUAAACAAAGAGUUGGCUAACAUCCGCUCCAAAUUUAAAGGAGAUAAAGCUCUGGAUGGCUACAGUAAGAAGAAAUACGUGUGUAAGCUGCUGUUUAUUUUCCUAUUGGGCCAUGACAUCGACUUCGGCCACAUGGAGGCGGUGAACCUUCUCAGCUCCAACAAAUACACGGAGAAACAGAUUGGCUACCUGUUUAUCUCAGUGCUGGUAAACAGCAACAGUGAUCUCAUCCGCCUCAUCAACAACGCCAUCAAGAAUGACCUGAGCAGCAGGAACCCCACCUUCAUGAACCUGGCACUGCAUUGCAUCGCCAACGUGGGCAGCAGAGAGAUGGCUGAGGCGUUCGCUUCCGAGGUGCCGCGCAUCCUGGUGGCAGGAGACACAAUGGACAGUGUGAAGCAGAGUGCAGCUCUGUGUUUGUUACGACUCAACCGGACGUCUCCCGAUCUGAUCCCCAUGGGCGAGUGGACGUCCCGUGUGGUGCAUCUUCUCAAUGAUCAGCACCUGGGAGUUGUGACGGCAGCGACAAGUCUCAUAAUAACUCUGGCUCAGAAGAACCCAGACGACUUUAAGACGGCCGUGUCUCUGGCUGUGGCGAGACUCAGCAGGAUCGUCACCUCAGCCUCCACAGACCUGCAGGACUACACGUAUUAUUUUGUAGCAGCGCCGUGGCUGUCAGUCAAACUGCUCCGCCUACUGCAGUGUUAUCCACCACCAGAGGAUGCAGCGAUUCGCGGACGCCUAACCGAGUGCCUGGAGACCGUUCUGAACAAAGCCCAGGAACCUCCCAAAUCCAAGAAAGUGCAGCACUCCAACGCCAAGAAUGCAGUGCUGUUCGAGGCCAUCAGUCUCAUCAUCCAUCACGACAGUGAGCCGACCCUGCUGGUGCGCGCCUGUAAUCAGUUGGGCCAGUUCCUUCAGCACAGAGAGACAAACCUGCGCUAUCUGGCACUGGAGAGCAUGUGCACUCUGGCGAGUUCAGAGUUUUCCCACGAGGCUGUCAAAACCCACAUUGACACUGUAAUCAAUGCACUAAAGACUGAGCGUGAUGUGAGUGUAAGGCAGCGUGCGGUGGAUCUCCUCUAUGCCAUGUGCGACCGCAGCAACGCCAAACAAAUUGUCGCGGAGAUGCUCAGCUACCUGGAGACCGCCGAUUACUCGAUCAGAGAAGAGAUUGUGUUGAAAGUGGCCAUCCUGGCUGAAAAGUAUGCAGUGGAUUACACGUGGUACGUAGACACCAUCCUGAACCUGAUCCGCAUUGCCGGGGAUUACGUGAGUGAGGAAGUGUGGUACCGAGUCAUUCAAAUCGUCAUUAACCGAGACGACGUGCAGGGAUAUGCCGCAAAAACCGUGUUUGAGGCCCUGCAAGCUCCAGCCUGCCAUGAAAACCUGGUGAAAGUCGGCGGAUAUAUUCUGGGCGAGUUUGGAAAUCUUAUUGCCGGAGACCCGCGCUCCAGUCCACUGAUUCAGUUUAACCUUCUCCACUCGAAGUUCCACUUGUGUUCGGUUCCCACCCGGGCUCUGCUCCUUUCAGCUUAUGUCAAGUUCAUUAACCUUUUCCCUGAGGUGAAGGGCACCAUACAAGAGGUGCUGCGGUCAGACAGUCAGCUGCGUAAUGCCGAUGUGGAGCUGCAGCAGCGUGCUGUCGAAUACCUGCGCCUGAGCUGCAUCGCUAGCACUGAUAUACUGGCCACAGUGUUGGAAGAGAUGCCGCCUUUCCCCGAAAGAGAAUCCUCCAUCUUGGCCAAGCUGAAGAAGAAGAAGGGAUCAGGAACUGUUUCUGAGACAGAUGACAGUCGAAAGGAGCGCAAUGCUAACGUGAACGGGAACAGCGAUCACACCACGGCCAGCACAAAUGCAAAGGUGAACUCCUCUCCUCCUUCUGACCUUCUAAAUUUGGGAAACAGCACCACUCUGAACUCUGCCAGUCCUCCGGUGGCCUCCAGCACGGGCAGCCUGCUGGUGGAUGUGUUCUCCGAAAUCCAGCCUGCUGCUAGUUUUAGUUCCCCUACAACGAUCAUCGAAGAAAACCUGUCACGGUUUGUGUGUAAGAAUAACGGGGUCCUGUACGAGAAUCAGCUGCUGCAGAUUGGCCUGAAGUCUGAAUUCAGACAGAACCUGGGCCGCAUGUACGUGUUUUAUGGAAACAAAACUUCAACGCAGUUUGUGAAUUUCUCCUCCUCUGUGGUGUGCCAUGGUGCCCUCAGUAAUAAGCUGAAUGUUCACACAAAAGCCUCCGAUCCUGUAAUAGAUGGAGGAGCUCAGCUCCAGCAGAUCCUUAACAUCGAGUGCUUAUCCGACUUUGUAGAAGCUCCAGUGCUCAAUAUAAAUUUCAGGUAUGGAGGCAGCAUGCAGAACAUCUCAGUUCGUCUUCCCAUCACUCUCAACAAGUUCUUCCAACCCACGGAAAUGCCGUCUCAAGAGUUCUUUCAGCGCUGGAAGCAGCUCAGCAUUCCUCAGCAGGAGGUGCAAAAGAUCUUCAAGGCAAAGCAUUCCAUGGACACGGAGAUCACUAAGGCUAAGAUCAUCGGCUUCGGAACAGCGCUGCUUGAAGGAGUAGACCCGAAUCCUUCUAAUUAUGUUGGAGCCGGUGUCAUACACACAAAGACGAUACAAGUCGGCUGUCUGCUGAGAUUAGAACCCAACACGCAAGCAGAGAUGUACCGGCUGACGCUGAGGACUAGCCGGGACACCGUGUCUCAGAGGCUGUGCGAGCUGCUUUCAGAACAGUUCUAAUGCAGCUGUAUCCCAUCAGGCCUUGCUAGGCGAUGAGGACAGUCCUUCGUUUCCUCUUUGCGAGCGUGUGCACACUCCUGCUCUUCCCUGACACACUCCUCCUGGUGGUCUGAUGUAGCUGAUUUCUCAUCUCUCUUUCUCUCUACACAUCAACAUUAAUCCUGUGUACAGUGUAAAUGUCCCAAUGAAACUUUUAUUUUUUACUCCCAUAUAUAAGUGACCUUUUCUCCCCAACAUUUAGCUCGACUAAACCAUGUCUGCCUAAAUCAGGCCUUCAGAUAUAUUUGAGGCUUUUUAAAAACAUUAGUUUUGUUUUGUUUUAUUUCUACCAUUUUGUUACAUACCAAAUGCAGACAGAAACAAAUGUGUAUUAAAAGGGAAUAACACAGCUGGACAGAACUCCAUCCUGCCUUAUGUGAAUCACUGAAUUGAAUCCAGUCGCUGAAACAAGUGCCUUGGACUAGAACAGAUGGAACUCCAGAGUCCUGUGGAGAGUUCUGGAGAGGAGAGAUAUUUCAGUAUUUUGUUGAUCUCAUGUGUGGAAUUCUCAGGGGACGACAGUUUUAUUCUUCUUCUGAAGCCUCAACGGCAGAUCCAUAAGCAUAAAUCAGUAACAAGUGCUUUGAAAAUGAUGUAUUAAAAGUGCUUCGAAAAAACCCCCCCAAGAAACACGGUUUGGCCACUGCCAGUUCUCCAUGUGCCUUCAACUUGUGUGUCCUUUCCGUCCGUUGCUGUCUGACCGUGCGUCUGUUGUCUGCAUCUGAGCGCAUGCUCUACUCCCAAAUUAAACUACAAUGUGACACUCGUA